GUCUCCGCUUGUCAUCGGGUCGUGGAGAGGAGGAGUUUGUUAAAUGUUCAGUUUGUUCUCUUGAUCGAUGUUUGCUGGCAUCGCCUCGCCCUGCCUGUGAGUGUGUGAAUGUUUUAGUCUCCAUCCCUGUUCGCUCUCUGUCCUCCUCUGCCUCCACCUCCUCCUCUGACAUAUCACUCUUGGAGUGGCAUCUGACAGCCCAGAGCUGCCUCCUCGGAGGGAGCAGCGAGCGAGCGAUCGGGACCCUCCUCCGCCCGUCUGCCCGCCCCGGCUACUACUGAGCUAAACAGUCAAGCACCGGUAUCGAGUCCGGGGGUGCCACUCACCCCCCUGCCACUCUUUCGGUCCACAUCCGAUCUUUGGAUUUAAUUCGGAAGGCUGAGGGGUCGGAAAGAAAAAGCAUCACAAAGCCCCCGCUAUCCGUUGGAUCGAGCCGCGCUGAGUUCCAGUACCAGGGGUGGCGAGGAGCGGGGCUGCGUCCAGAGGAGAGGAGGCGGCGGCAAUGCCAAGGAGGAAGCAGCAGGCGCCCAAGCGGGCAGCAGCUUAUGUCCCUGAGGAAGACUUGAAAGAAGGAGAGGUGAAGGAUGAAGAAGAUGAAAGUAAUUCUGAGCUAAAGCUUCAAGAUGGAAGUUACACUGGCACUGAUGAUGAAGAAAUAAUAGCUGAGCAAAAGGGCUGUUUCAGCUACCAGAAUUCCCCAGUGAGUGCUGUAUCCAAUCAGGAUGGUGAAAGUGAGUCAUUUUUAAGUGAUUCAAGUGACCAGCUGGUGGAUUUUAAAAGCACGUCCUCAAAAGAUGGCCAAGAUCAUGAAGUUGGUGGAAAUGCCACCUUUAAACGGGAAGUCCACUGUAGUACGGACAAGUUGAGGAAUGUUUAUGCUAACUUCCUCCCAGACUCUUACUGGUCAGGUCUUGGUGCCAGCCUUAAAUUGCUACAUAGUGAAAAGAAAGACAAUGAUAGCCAAAACGGAAGCAGCAAAACUGAAUUUGACUGGCACCAUGACGCACUGUCAAAAACAUUGCAACAGACUUUACCUUCCCAACCAGCCUCCAAGGCAAAUUUCUUCAGUUCAGUACAGCUUUACAGGCAGAAUAGCAAAAUGUAUGGUCCAAUAUUCACUGGUGCUAGCAGGUUUAGAUGUAGACAGUGCAGUGCUGCUUAUGAUACCUUGGUAGAGUUAACAGUGCACAUGAAUGAAACUGGACAUUAUCAGGAUGACAACCACAAAAAACAGACUGAUGGACGGAGUGACUGUUCUAAGAGCAGAAAAAGGGCAUUUCAGGAUACUGACAAAGAGGAUGCACAGAAAGUCUUGAAAUGCAUGUUUUGUGGGGACUCAUUUGAUUCCCUGCAGGACUUAAGUGUCCACAUGAUUAAAACAAAACAUUACCAGAAAGUGCCUUUAAAGGAACCAGUGUCAGCCAUUUCAUCAAAAAUAGUGUCCGCAACAAAAAAACGCACUUUUGAAGUUACUAGGCCUUGUUCACCAGAUUCAACUACAGGAUCUUUCACAGAUGGAGGUUCCCCUCACAAGAAUUCUGGCCUGCAUGCAUCUUCUAAUAAUCGCUAUGGCUAUCAAAAUGGAGCCAGUUACACAUGGCAGUUUGAAGCUUGCAAGUCACAAAUCUUGAAGUGCAUGGAAUGUGGAAGUUCUCAUGACACUUUACAACAGCUGACUAGUCACAUGAUGGUGACAGGGCACUUCCUGAAAGUUACAAGCUCUGCCUCCAAAAAGGGAAAACAGCUUGUUCUUGACCCGUUAGCUGUAGAAAAGAUGCAGUCACUGUCUGAAGUCACAGUGAGUGAUAUUCAGUCUAUUAAAUCCAGCACCAAGGCUUCUGAUGAAAUGACAACUUCUGAAGUAAAGGAGGAAGAGGAAGAUAAAGACAAGGAAGAUGAAUCAACAGAAGGUGAAAAGGGAUUGCCGACAAUAGAGUGUGAUCCAGAAUCUCAAAAAUCCUUGGAUCCUACCCUGAAGUAUCAGUAUCUUAGGGAAGAAGACUUGGAAGAUGCAUCUAAAGGUGGAAGUGAUAUUCUCAAGUCUUUGGAAAACACAGUCACUUCUGCAAUCAACAAGGCCCAAAAUGGGACACCAAGCUGGAGUGCAUACCCCAGCAUCCAUGCAGCCUAUCAGCUGUCAGAUGUUGUAAAACCUUCAUUACCACUUGGGUCUCAUGUACUUCAAGUAAGACCAACAUUUACUAACAAACUGCGACCAAUUGCUCCAAAAAAGAAAGUCCUCGCUUUGCCUCUUCUGUCAAACACUGAUGCCCAUUCUGUUCAGGUAAACUGCAUGCCAGAUAAAAAAACUCACAGCAGCAUAUCAGAAGUGAAAAGAGAGACUGUAUCAGAGGCAUUUCAAUCUACAGAUCCUUCAUUUUGCAAGACAAAAGUUAGUGAAAGUCCACCUGAUAUGAAAAAAUCAGACACAUUUAAUUUACAAGAAGAUGAAAAUGUAACAGAAAGUGUUGACAAAGAGAUACCGGUAAGCAAGGAAUCACCAUCUUUGACUAACAACUGUUCAAAUAUAAAUGUCAUUACAAACCUUCCCUCUGAGAUGCCCAGUGUAAACCCCCUCAGUGCUCUGCAGUCUGUUCUGAACAAUCAUCUUGGAAAAGCAACUGAACCUGUCAAUACAAGGCCAAACUCAAGCCCAGUUUCAAGCAGUGUUGCAAUGCUUCAUAAAAUUGGUGCAGGUCUGCUGGAAAAAGUGUCAUCACUUCCACAAAGACCUUCUGAUGUUAGUAGCCAGUACUUGUUUGAUGGUAAUGACCAGCCUAUAGAUCUAACAAAGUCUAAACACAUCAAAAUGCUUGAGGCUCCCCAUUCUCAGCCUUGUACCCCUACACCACACAAAUAUGCCUUGUCUGAUAUUGCUGAUAUGGUUAAAGUUCUUCCCAAAGCGACAACCCCAAAACCUUCUACAUCUUCAAGGAUUACACCACUGAAAUUAGAGACAGAUGUUAGACGCUUUGAAGAUGUCUCAAGAGAAAUAUCCCCUUUACACAAACGGAAAGGCAGGCAGUCGAACUGGAAUCCACAGCACCUUCUUAUUUUGCAAGCACAGUUUGCAUCCAGUCUUUUUCAAACAUCAGAGGGCAAGUACCUUUUGUCAGACCUGGGCCCCCAGGAACGCAUGCAGAUUUCUAAAUUUACUGGACUUUCAAUGACUACUAUUAGCCACUGGCUGGCCAAUGUUAAGUACCAGUUAAGGAAAACUGGGGGCACUAAAUUUUUGAAAAAUAUGGACAAAGGGCAUCCAGUAUUCUAUUGCAGUGACUGUGCUUCACAGUUUAGGACUCCGCCUACAUACAUUAGCCACUUGGAAUCUCAUCUAGGUUUUCAGAUGAAGGACAUGAACAGACUAGCUACAGAGCAGAAGAGGGUAGAAAAAGAAAUGCCAGGACUCACAACUGAGAAGUUACCAGAAACUGGGGAGGAGACCACAGACUCUAAGUUCAAGUGCAGGCUGUGCUUCAGAACAUUUGCUAGCAAGCAUGCAGUGAAGCUACACCUCAGUAAAACACAUAGCAAGUCACCAGAAAACCAUUCACAGUUUGUAACAGAAAUGGAGGAAGAAUAGCCUUUCAGGAUUGGCAUCACCAAAUAUUCAUUCAGGGUCAUGAAGGAGCAGAAACUUGUCCCAAUAUGCACUGUAUGCAAGGCCGAGGACCUUAUCCUGAACAGGACACCAACUCAUCACAGCAUGCAAACACUUCCUUACUCUAAUACAACACACAUACCAAUGGGCAUUUAAGAGAAAUGCCUUUUCACCUGUGGCAUACCUAUAGGAUGCUGAAGGAAGAGUCACAUCAUGCCAACACAGGAAGAAUGUGGAGACCUCACAGAGAAGACACCCCAGUGAAGAACCAAACUGGAAAACCAAGACUGAUGAAACAGCAAUGCUAGCCUGCACUAUACCACACAAUAGUAAAUAUCUACCAGAUACACUUCAUUUCUGCCAUCAUGUUUAUUAAAAAUGGAGCCUGAAGUAUUUUAGUAAGGCUUUUGUACAGAAAAAGAAUAAUUUUCUAAGUAGUUCUCAAUAAUGUAGAAUUAUUUCACUGACCUGUACCUAAAAACUAAAGACUGAGGACACUGCAUUGACUCUGAAGUGUCUUCUAGUCAGACAACAUUCUGUUCUAAUAAUUUGAAGUGUUGUAAAUUUGCUUUUAAAAAUUAUUUACAGCAAUCUCAGUAAGAUCUCAGUUUAGCUGUUUUUUUUUAAUUAUGAGGGCAACUGCAAUACUAAAUUAAAAUUUGCAAGCAGACUGUUCUUACCUAAGACUAUUGUGUUUGUAAUUGUAUUCAGUUAUUUUUUUAAGCUACAUAUUUGUGGAGCUUUUCUCACUAGGCCCACACAAAAAAAAUGAAUACUGUCAGGUUUUGCAAGCUGGUCAAUAAGAAUAUAUAUAGAUAUAUAAAUGUUAUAUCUUUUUUUUUAUUCUAAGUGUCAUACAGUACAUAAUUUGCAUGAUGGAAACCACAGAGAAAGGCUGGGUAGCAUUACCAAGACAUGCUCUUACCAAGUUCAAAGACCAAGGACAGCAUUACCAGGGCUUUACAACUAAAUUGCAACUUUUCUCAGAGCAACACUCAUAAGUUUAAUCACAAAACAAACUGCAUCCGAUGCUCCUUAAACAACAAAAAAUUAAUUUGCCAGAGAGCAAAACCCAUUCCCAAAUGAGGGAUUGUGUUCUUGCACCACCUUGUUGUUUAUAGAUAUUAACUCUGAGAUCUCUGUAUGUCUGAGAAUGGACAAAUUCCCAAACCCCCUACAACUCCCCAAAGGAGGGGACCUUGCUCCCACACACCCAUGCUGCUUAUCAAUACUAACUCUGAGAUUACUGUAUAUGUGGCAGUGGAUAAAUCCACAAACACCCUGCACAUCCCUAAAGAGGGGACCUUGCUCCUACACAUUCCUGCUGCUUAUCAGUACAAACUCUGAGGUCACUGUAUAUGUGGGAAUGGAUAAAUCCACAAAUCUUCUGCACCUCCCCAAAGAAGGGAACUGUACUCCUGCAUACCCUUGCUCCCUUCUUAUAGAUACUAGCUCUGAGAUCACUGUAUGUCUGGAAAUAGAUAAAUCCACAAAUGCGCUGCACUCCCCCAAAGGAGGGGACUGUACUGGUUUUAGAUACUAACUGAGAUCACAGUAUGUCUGUGAAAUGCAUAAAUCCAUGCGAUACCACAUAUUCAGUCUCUAAAAGCAAAACAGCAGAAUCACUUCAUUAAAACAACAGUCAAUAGCGUGUUGCAUUUAAGCCUGAUACCCCAUUAAAUGUUUUAAGACAAUGUUCAGGAGCUUAAGAAUGUCCGCAGAAAGUAGAAUAUUGUUUAUCACUGCCAAGUGUUUAGCCCUGCUGUUUUAACCAGUGCUUUUUCUAACAGAUGUCCUUUAUUAGCGACAGUUAAAAUGACUUACUAUGUAAAUAUGUGCAUGUGUGUGUGUGUGUGUGUGUGUGUGUGUGUGUGUGUGUGUGUGU